AUGGCUAAUCCUGGAGGUGGUGCUGUUUGCAAUGGGACUGUUCUCAACCACAAGAAACAGAGCAACAAUUUACAAAGAGGAAAGUACAAGAAGAAUGGAAUAGUGAAAGAAGCCCAGCAAAACGGGAAGUCACAUAUUCAUCCUAAGCCCAUUCUUGAGCCCUUUGAGGAAGCACCUCUUCAUGCUUUGGUUUUCACUUACAUGGGAUAUGGAAUUGGAACCCUGUUUGGCUAUUUCAGAGACUUUAUGAGAUAUUGGGGAAUUGAGAAAUGCAAUGCAGCAGUAGAGCGAGAAGAACAAAAGGAUUUUGUGCCACUGUAUCAAGACUUUGAGAAUUUUUUUACAAGGAACCUUUACAUGCGAAUCAGAGACAACUGGAACCGACCCAUUUGCAGUGCCCCAGCAUCUUAUUUCGAUCUAUUGGAGAGGGUAUCAGAUGACUAUAACUGGACAUUUAGGUUUACUGGAAGAGUCAUCAAAGAUGUCAUCAACAUGGGCUCCUACAACUUCCUUGGCCUCACAGUCAAGUACAAUGAGUCUAUGAGGACAGUAAAGGAUGUUUUAGAAACAUACGGUGUAGGAGUGGCCAGCACCCGACAUGAAAUGGGUACCCUGGACAAGCAUAAGGAGCUGGAGGACCUUCUGGCUAAGUUCCUAAGUGUAGAAGCAGCAAUGAUCUUUGGAAUGGGAUUCGCAACUAACUCAACAAAUAUCCCUGCAUUAGUUGGAAAGGGAUGCCUCAUUUUAAGUGAUGAGUUAAACCACUCGUCUAUUAUCCUGGGGGCUCGACUCUCAGGUGCAACCAUAGUGACCUUCAAACACAACAACAUGCAAAGCUUAGAGAAGCACCUGAGAGAUGCUAUCAUCUAUGGCCAACCAAGAACUCGAAGAGCUUGGAAAAAGAUUCUCAUCCUGGUGGAGGGUAUCUACAGCAUGGAAGGUUCCAUUGUGAACCUUCCCCAAGUCGUAGCUCUGAAGAAGAAAUACAAGGCUUACCUUUACAUGGAUGAAGCUCACAGUAUUGGGGCUGUAGGCCCAACUGGCCGAGGUAUCAGAGAACUCUUUGGACUGAAUCCUGAUGAUAUUGAUGUGUACAUGGGCACCUUCAGCAAAAGCUUUGGUGCUGCGGGAGGUUACAUAGCUGGAAAAAAGGAACUUGUGGAUUAUUUACGGAUUCACUCACAUAGUGCUACUUAUGCUACAUCCAUGAGUGCCCCAAUAGCACAGCAAAUCAUCAGAUCACUGAAACUCAUCAUGGGACAGGAUGGAACCACAGAAGGAUUGAAGAAAAUACAGAAACUUGCAAGAAACAUAAAAUACUUCAGACAGAGACUGAAGCAAAUGGGCUUCAUUAUCUAUGGCAAUGAUAGCUCUCCUGUUGUUCCCAUGCUUCUUUACAUGCCUAGUAAAGUAGCGGCUUUUGCAAGGCUUAUGUUAGAGAGAAAAAUUGGGGUAGUGGUGGUUGGGUUUCCAGCCACUCCACUCACAGAAGCUCGAGUUCGGUUCUGUGUUUCAUCUGCACAUACUCAGGAGAUGUUAGACAAGGUUUUGGAAGCCACUGAUGAAAUAGGUGAUCUCCUGCAAGUGAAAUAUUCCCGGCACAGAAAGUCAGUGCACCCUGUAUUCUAUGAUGAAGAGACAAGCUUUGAUGAUGAGGCAAGCUUUAAGGAGAUGAGCUUUGAACUUGAAGAUUAA